AUGCAGCUCCCUGACACGCAUGUCGACCUGUUCCAACUGUUUUGCCCUGUUUCGCUUGUUGAAAAAUGGGUUUUAUGGACCAACAACCAUAUUGACCAGAUUUCACAGGAAACGGAGGGAGCGCGGUCGCAGAACGCCGAUUUGAACGCGUGUCAAACAGUAACGGUUGCAGAUAUCUACGUUUGGCUCGCAACACUUAUUUACAUUGGGAAUAAUCCUCGAGAACGACUCGAUGAUUAUUGGAUAACACCUUCUCUAGGAAAAAUUGCUUCUGGGCACCAAAUCGCGAAAUACAUCACCGGGCGACAGUUUUCUCUAAUUCUUCGAAACAUACGUAUCUUCCCUCCCUCCGACGAGCCCGAUAAUAUAGUUGAGCGCAUGACAUCACACGUAACAGAAUGGGGGGACCUCAUCCAAGCCGUAUCAACGCAGCUUUUGCUGCCGGGGACCAAUCUUUCUGUCGACGAGUGCAUGAUCUGCCUUAAAGGGCAAUCUCUUGGAAAAGUCAUGAAGAAGAAUACUCCUCAAGGUCUGAAGAUUUGCGCUGUCGCUGAGAAGGACUAUCUUGUGCGGUGGCAAUAUCACAUCCCGGAAGCUGCGCAGACGACAGCUCGCCGCGGCGGCGAAAGUCUACACACGCUCGAAGAAAAGCAGCGUGUUGUGCUUGAUCUUGCGACAUUUCUGCCGGCGGAAACUUAUCACAUCUUCCCCCAUAAUGUCUUUACAAAUCCAUCUCUGAUUCGAUCAUUGCGUGAGCGAGGCAUUGCGGCCACAGGUCCAGCUCGCACGAAUCACGUCGCGAAUGCUAACCUCGUCACAGCGAAGGAGGCAGACCGAGCCGGCCGGCUGCAGUGGUCAUCCAAUUCCCUCCCAGCCGUGCCUUCAGAAGAUAGCUUGGUCAAUCAACUCGCGUCCAAAGAUAACUGCGUCGUGCUGUGGAUGGCCUCCCAUUCGAGCGGAAGCCAGCGCGCCCAGGACUUUCGCCGACCGAAUACGUCACCAGCACAAGCUCGUGAGGCUCCAGCCCGUGUAAUAGAUACGCCGUCUAUUCAAGUAGUCUACAAUUUUAAGAUGAACGGCGCCGACCGCGGCGAUCAACUGCGUGCCCACCGGGGCUAUGAUCAUCGGAUCCGCGGCGAUAGGUGGCAGGCCCUCGCGUGGUCUUUCCUCCUCGAUACAAUUCUUAUCAACACCUACAUCCUACAGCUAAGAGGACAGAGCUGCUUGGCAACCUGCAAGUCUCAAACAGCUUGGAGAGACGUCCUUACAGAAGGUUUGCUAGAACGGUACGCCUCUACAAGCACCCUUCGCCGGCGAUUUCGCUGUGGGAACGAGUUUCUGCCUAUGUCAGAGCAUAAUCAUGUUAAGAGCGAUAACUAUAGCAAGUGCAAGGGUUGCCUAGGAAUGCAGGCCUCAUGCGCUACCACUCGCAAGUUCUCCCUCAAGACUUCUUAUGAUGCCAGCAAUUUCUUUGAUGGCUUCAACUUUAGAGAUGCGGCCUACUAUGAUACGAUCGACCCCUCCUAUGGCGGCGAUCCCACUCACGGAUCAGUCAACUACCUAAGCAAGAGCAAAGCUCUCUCAUCUGGCCUCGCCAAGACAACCAACGGACAAGUGUACAUUGGAGUGGACUCUGUCAACAAAGCGAAGCUUCUCGGCAAGAGCAAGAGCAGACAUGGCAGAGACAGUGUUCGUCUGGAGUCCAAGUCUACUUUCGACUCGGGAAUUUUAAUCGCCGAUAUUGAGCACAUGCCUGGUACUGCUUGUGGUGUUUGGCCAUCUUUCUGGUCGUACAACUUUGACGAGGACCCUGUUGGCGAGAUCGACAUCAUCGAAGGAAUCAACGACCAAAGCCAAAACGUAGUCUCCCUGCACACCUGUGGUGCUUGCAAGUUCACCAAGAUCGGUGGCCUCGAUGAGCGAUCCAACUGUAACAACGGUGGAACCGAGUCUGAGCAGUGUGAGGAUGGCACCAACUUUGAUGGAUGUGGCAGCACCCACGCCGAGGGCUCGUACGGCUCGGCGUUCAACAAGGGCAAGGGAGGCGUCUAUGCCACCUACAUCGAAUCCGAUGCUCUCAAGAUCUACUGGUUCCCUCGCCAGAAGAUCCCUGCCGACAUCAAGGCUGGAAAGCCUGACCCAAGCAAAUGGGGCAAGCCGGCUUCGCAAUUCAUUAGCGGAUCUAGCUGCAGUGUCGAAAAAUACUUCAAGGGUCAAACCAUUAUCAUUAAUACUGCUUUCUGCGGAGAUAAUAUUGAUCAGGGCACCUGGAACGACGAAUGCAAACCUUCUACUGGUGCCAAGACCUGUGAUGACUAUGUCACCAACCACCCCGAGGCGUUUAAGGAGUCUUACUGGCUGUUCAACUCCAUCAAGCUUUAUCAAUAG